ACUUCUCACUCUCUUUCAGUCACAAUUAUAGCGUAAAACAAAGCGGAGGUCCUCCACCUUGAUUGUCAAAAUCUUCACUCAAAUUCAUGAAAACCCCAAAAUUCAGAAAUCUCUCUUCUUCAUCAACAACAAGAUCUAAAACCUCAGCCUUUCCUUCAUCUCUCUCGAUCUAAAACCCCUUUCAGCUCGCAAGAUCUGAAAACCUAAACUCUUCCUGACGCGCGUGCCAGUUGCGGGGAUGAGUGGACGCCGCCCUGCUCAGCCCGCUAGUCGCGCCAUCAGUGGCCCUUCUGCUAAUUCUGCAGGAGCAUCAUCACCUACUGUUCCUCCAAACUUUGGUGGAGCAGAUUGGUCUGGUCAUGGCCCGGGCUCUAAGACAGGUUCUCUAUCAGGGAUUGCUACACAACCGCCUCGGACUUCAUUGAGCACGAGCGCUGGUGGCUCUGCACUUGGAUCAUCACAGCCUUCAUGCAGACCUUGGGAAAGAGGAGACCUACUCAGGCGACUUGCCACAUUUAAUCCAGGGAAUUGGUUUGGGAAACCAAAGGCUGCUAGUUCAUUAGCUUGUGCCCGUAGAGGAUGGGUAAAUAUUGGUAUUGAUAAGAUUGAAUGUGAGACGUGUGGUGCAAGCCUUAAAUAUGUUACGACUGCUGGCUGGAUGUCUUCUGAAGCUGAUGGUGCAGCUGAAGAGUUUUCCAAACAUCUUGAUUCAGGACACAAGGGAACCUGCCCUUGGAGAGGAAAUAUCUGUCCAGAGAGCCUGGUGCAGUUUCCUCCAACUCCUCCAUCAGCUCUGAUCGGAGGAUACAAAGAUCGGUGUGAUGGGCUCUUGCAGUUUGCUGCACUACCAGUGGUAGCUGCUUCUGCAAUUGAGCAGAUGCGCAUUUCCCAUGGGCCACAAAUUGAUCGGUUUCUUGCUAACUUCGUUAACUUUUUGAUCGGGGAGCCAAGCAUUAAGUCAGAAAAUUUCUCAGGGAUGGAUCCCUCUAAAGAAGAGGCGUUCUCUUUAUAUUGUCGUGCACAAAAGCUGAUAGCCUUAUGUGGAUGGGAACCUAGAUGGCUUCCAGAUAUCCAGGAUUGUGAAGACCAUUCUGCUCAAUCUGCUAGAAAUGGGUAUUCUGUAGGACUGUCUAUGAAAUGUGGUCAUCCUAAUGAUCCUGGUCCUAGCAAGAAAGCUUUCUCAAGUACAGCCAAAAAAGAUUCUGGCAAGAAUGAAGUUAUGGGUCCUGAAUCUAAAUGCGAGUCUAGGUCACCGUUGCUGGAUUGCAGCCUAUGUGGUGCUACUGUGAGAAUCUGGAACUUCAUUACUAUUUCUCGCCCUGUUUGUGUACUGCCCAAUGGCAUUGAGAUCCCUGAGACAAGUAAAAAGAUGGUUUUAACUCGCGGUGUGAGUGCAGCCAGUGGAAUCAGUGGAUGGGUGGAUGGUGAUGGCAUGGAGAAAGAGCAGGCCGAAUACCAUGAUGAAGCUGCUACUAUAGUUGAGGGAAAGCUCACGUCAAAUGCAGCUGUUGAUUUAAAUCUAACUAUGGCUGGUGGCUUGUUAUCAGGAAAUGCUCAUGCGCCUGAAAUCUCUCAGCAAUAUCGUGAUGUCGACUUAGGGAAAGAUCUAAUGAUUGGACAACCUUCUAACAGCGAGGUUGGUGAUCGUGCUGCUUCCUAUGAAUCGCGAGGACCAAGUACUCGUAAACGAAGCUUGGAUGAGGGUGGAAGCACGGUAGACAGGCCAAUUUUGAGGAUGCAACAGGCUGAUAGUGUUGAGGGAUCAGUUAUUGACCGUGAUGUUGAUGAAGUUGAUGAUGGUAAGCAGUAUCUUGCUGAGCCCUCAAAGCGUGCUCGUGAGUCUGAUGUUAUUGAAAGGUGUGGGUCUUCAUUUCGGAGAGAUUCAUCUGGUGCAGGCCCUAGCAACUCGCAAGGCAUUGAUAUUGAAGUAGAUGAAAGAAGAAUAGAUGUAUUACAAGGAAAUGACGAAGUUCACCGCUUUCCUGCUACUAGAGAUUCAACACAUGCAUCCUCUGUUAUAGCAAUGGAUACUAUUUGUCACAGUGCAGAUGAUGAUUCUAUGGAAAGUGUUGAAAAUCAUCCUGGAGAUGUUGAUGAUAUUAAUUUUCCUUCAGUGGCCAUGGAUAAGAAUGCUGAUACGAUUGACACUUCAGACCUAAAUUAUAGUAAUCAGGCACAACAAAGUGCCUGUUUUCAACCAGCAGCUGUUCAGGCUGGUGGAGAAAUUGGUGUAAGUAGCACAAAUGAUGACGACGAAGUACUGAACACAGAUACAAUUACUGCGCCAGCUAGGGAUGGCCCUAGUAUAGGUGUAAGUGGUGGAAGUGUUGGGAUGGGUGCAAGUCACGAAGCUGAGAUUCAUGGGACUGAUGUUUUUGCAAAUAGGUCUGACAGUGGUGUUGGUGAUGUGGAGCUUAUAGCUGAGGUUGUUGAAAAUCAGGGACAGACCGGUGAGUUUGCCCCUGAACGUAGAUCCAGAGAUGGUUUUAUUGAGGUGAUGAAUAAAGAGGAUCCUCAUGGAGAUAGUCAAGACGUUGUAUCACGCUCAAUGGGUAGGGCAGAUAGUGGGUCGAAAGUUGUUGGUUCAAGGAAAGCGGAAUCUGUAGAAAGUGGCGAGAAGAAUAGUGAGAUGCAAGUAUUAGCCCAGGAACCUAGUGUUCAUCCUUCUCUAUCUUGCAAUGCUAUUAUGUAUUCAGGCAUUGAGGCGUCCAAGGAAGAAGUAUCUCAAGGAGGUAAGCAGUCACCUGCUGACGAGGGUGCAUAUCCAGAGUCAGAUUAUAUGACGACCAAUGGGACAGGUCCUCCAAAUGGAGCUAGUAACUUUGAAGGUGCUGAAUUUGAUCCAAUUAAGCAUCACAAUAGUUUCUGUCCUUGGGUGAAUGGAAAUGUUGCUGCAGCUGGUUGCAGCACUGUUGCCAGUUCCUCGGCUGGUGUUGUAGCUCUCUGUGGCUGGCAGCUUACCCUUGAUGCUCUGGACGCUUUUCAAUCCCUGGGGCAUAUUCCAGUUCAAGCUGUGGAAUCCGAGUCUGCAGCAUCACUGUAUAAGGAUGAUCACCUAACUUCUAGCCAUAAACUUGUAGCACACAAUUCCUUCAGCAAAAGCCGCGGGCAAAGUGGAACUUGAAUCAUAAGCACAGCAUGAGUUAUGCUUAUGCAGCGCUGCAGAUUGAUGCCCUAUGCUAUAUCCUGGAUGAUGCUGCUGUGAUAUGGAAGAUUCUCACAGGUAGCAGAGUAACCUUUAUGUAAUUUUCUGUUAUUAUUCCCUUAUUGGAGGGUUUUAUGGUUAUAGUUUAUUUACAGAGAUUGGCAAUAAAUAUAUACACUAAGGUAUACAGGAGUUUUUUCAGUUACUCUUGUUUGAUUGAUUGAAAAAAUUAUGUAGCACUAAUAUUGCAAUAACUUAUUUCUGGCCGGAUAUAUAGGUUUAAUUAAUGAUCA